CCAGCUGUGUUACCGCAGAGCUACAUGGGUAAAAUGAGAAUUGCCCAUCAACGUGUGACAGUAGAGCGAAGUGACAACAAUGUGAAAUGUGACAAGAUUGUGACAACAGCUGUCUCAUGGAUGAGGCAUUGUCUCAAGACGGCGUGCAGGAGGAUGAGACGACUGCUUAUUGUGCUAUUCUUCAUUCUGUCCGCGACGGUGACUCUCGGCUUCUUCAUAGAGGCUUACGACCCCCCACCCCCUCCCCCUGAGCCGGACCAGGAGGCUACGAUGCUCUCCGUCGACGUACUCCCAGAGGAUGACACAGUCAAUGCCAUCGAGCGGUCUCUGGAGGCUGCUCUAGGAGUGCCCCGUGGUCGUCAGAUUCCGGCAGAGUCCAGCUUCGACCGACGCGUCGACGAGGUCGCCAAAGUAGUGGCGGUGCAUAUCAAGAACUUGAAGGAUUAAAGUUUGAAAUCGCAGCCUUUUCAAUUCAUUCUGUGAUUAAAUAGGUUUUUUAAGUGA